AUGGCGUCCAACACCCCUCCCACGUUCUCUGAGUUUGUGCAGAGCGCGGUGGAACCGGGCAUGUUGCUUGUUGGGGCAGCAUAUCAGUUCACUGCCGUUCUCUUUGAGACUAUCUUUAGGCGCGGCGAGAUUUUAACUCCCGUACUUCGCCCGCAGCAGGUCCGCAGUGAAGCGUUCUCGAGGUUUUGGAUCAAUUUUUCUGGCUCCCGCGAAAACACAGAACCUCCACGCGUCGGUUCAUCAGUUCUAAUCCCACCCCUCCUCGCCCAAGCCGACGGCGUCGUCCUCGACAUCGGCCCCGGCACCGGCUCGCAAACCCCCUUCUUCAACAACCCAAACCUAAUCCGUAUGUACGGCGCGGAGCCCUGUCAUGGCCUGCACGGCGAUCUCACGGCGAAGGUCGAAUCGUGUGGGUUGGGCGGUAAGUAUCAGAUUCUGCCGUGUGGGGCGGAGAGGACGGCGCUGUUCCCGGCGCUGGGGAGGGAGGGGCUGUUGGCAGAGACGGAGACGGAUGUGGUUAGCGGGAAGGUGAGGUGUCCGGUGCAGGGACGGGGCAUAUUUGAUACGAUUGUGUGCGUGCGCGUGUUGUGCUCCGUGCCUGAUCAGCGGGAGACGAUGAGGGGGUUGUAUGAUUUGUUGAAGCCUGGGGGGAAGUUGCUGGUGUGUGAGCAUGUUGUUAAUCCUUGGUCUUUGCGUUGUGGCGGGAAGGGGAGGAGGGGAAACUUCUUCUCCCGGUUCAUGCAGGUUGUUUAUAUGUUGUGUGGGUGGAAAUUUUUUCUGGGUAAUUGCCAUUUGAAUCGGGAUACGGCCAGAGUGUUGAUGGAGGUGGCUGAAGAGGCUGGGGAGGGUGGGUGGGAGAAGGUGGAUAUACAAAAGUGGUUUGAGUGGUCGACUUUGCCGUAUGUGGUGGGGACUUUGGUGAAGAGGGCGUGA